UGCGGCGAUUGUUUAACGCACUUACGAUUAAGUGACUGCAAUUUUGUUGACAAAUUAUCUCUAUUAAAAAUUUCAGAAAUAUGCAAAAAUUUGAAAGUAUUGGAUCUCAGUUCUUGUGUUAUUCUGGAGGGAAUGGACCAAGAAGUUUCGAGUUUCGAAAAUCUAGAAUUUCUAGAGAAAUUAGACCUUCAAGGCUCCCUUAUAAGAACUGAAUUUCUUUGUAAAAUACUGCAAAAAACUUGCCGGAUGCGUAACUUAAAUCUGCACAUGCCUAACUUUUUUGAUGAAGCCGGCACCGGAUUACUAGAUUUAGACGCAAUUACAAUACAGUUAAAAAAUUCGUGUCCAGACUUGGAAAUAAUAGAUUUAUCGGGCUACAGUAUUAUUACAUCGCGAGGUAUUCAUGCCCUCGCUGAAUGCAAGAAUUUACGAAAACUGACAAUGAUGAACAAGAAUGACAUGUACCCCGAAGAUCGCUCCACAAUCGAUAAGCAUAGUUUGCGUAGAUUGUUUUUCUCCUGUCAAUGCUUAGAAGAAGUCAAUUUGGGAAAUUCCGAUAUGAUUUUCAAUUACGAUGUCUAUGAAGAACUGACAAUGUGUAAAAACUUAAGACAAAUAUACUUGGGUUAUACGUCUAAUUUCGCAAUUCUCGAACAGUUUCCUAAACUGCAAACAAUCUAUGUUAUGCGCGCCGGGAACGCGUUCGACGACACACGUGAUAGUCAGACAUCAUUCGUUGCUCAGGCGAAGGAAAAAUAUCCACACGUGUCUAUCCUUGAAUAUCAAAAGGGAAUCAAAUAUGAUAAUGAGGAAUGUGAAGGAUGAUGAAUGUGAAGGAAAGUGGCUUCCUUACCGAUUUGUCUGAAAUUUAACAAUAUAUGUAUUUCGGCGUGUUGAAUUCGAAUGUAAAAGCUAA